AUGUGUACAUAUCUAUCGGGUCUGAAGACAUUUCGAUCUCCUAUUCUUUCACAGAUAACAAACGAAAGCUUAGGCAGGGGGUCAUUCUCUGUGUGUUACAAAUGCUUAGAGAGGUCAUCGGGAAAGUUCUAUGCCGUGAAAAUAAUCAGCAAAGCCUCGCGCGUUGGCUCGCCCGUGGCCGUGGAGAUAGAGAACUUAAGGAAAUGUUUAGGAUUCAAACACGUGGUUCAACUCCACGAGACGUUAGACGAUGACGAAUACGACUACAUGGUUAUGGAGCUCCUGAAAGGAGGCGAGCUGUUCGAUCGCAUCAAGAGUAAAACCAAGUUUACAGAACUCGCGGCGGCGGAAGUGAUGGCCAAGAUCGUGGAGGCUGUAAAGUCCAUCCAUGCUAUACAUAUCGCACACCGCGACAUCAAACCAGAGAAUCUUCUCUACGACAGCGAGUCCGAUUCCUCCGAAUUGAAGCUUAUUGACUUUGGCUUCAGUAAAUCCGUUGAGGAUGGGAGUUUGCCACUUAAAACACCCUGUUUCACCGCAGCAUAUGCGGCACCUGAAGUCCUGAAAAACGACGGGGAAUACGACAUGUCCUGUGAUCUGUGGAGUGUGGGUGUCAUUAUGUACACCCUCUUGUGCGGCUAUCCGCCGUUCAAUGUGCGGAAAAAAUCCGACUCGGCGUUGUACGACACGAUCGUGUCUAACGGGGAGUUCAAGUUUAAGGACGAGGACUGGAGAGAUGUGUCUUCGGCGGCAAGAGACUUGAUCCAACGGUUUCUAGACGUGGUUCCUUCCAGGCGGAUAAGUGCAAAGGAAGCUCUCGCCCAUCCCUGGUUCAACGAGAUACGCGCACGCUCCAACAAACGCAAACUCAUGGCUCUACCCAGCUCAAACUUCUUGGACGCAGCAUCUGUGACCGACAAUAUAGAGGCGUACCGAAAGAUCAUUCCCAAACUGCAGAUGUCCGGCGUUAAAGACUCGGCCAUAGCGAAACGGAGAAAGCUCAAACACCUCUCGGAGUCAGGCGAAAGCGGGACAGAAGGAAACACUCCCACGAAGCUGGAUACCAAGCCUCAGUAGCGACGUCUCCC